AUGUUGACUUCGCUAAAGUUCAGUGAUUCUUUAGGCUUUUGUGUGAAGCUGGGUGUUCAGAAGAAAGCUUUAGUGGAUCAUAGUAGUUUCUUUGCUAAGAAACUCGCUGCGAAAGACUCGGUUUUCGCUUGUCUUGAGAUUGAGAGCUGUGAAGACGCAGAGAUAUACGUUGAGACUAUUGGUCUUAUGUAUUAUAAAGAAAUGAAUCAACGUCUCAUGAAACAGAACGUAAGCAGAGUCCUUCGUGUCCUCAAGGUUCUUGGUUUCAGUUCAUGUAUUCAAUCUUAUUUGGAUUACUUAGAAGCUGUGCCAUGGGUUGGAGAAGAAGAAGAAGAGAAAAGUGAUCUCAUCGAUUCUCAGAUUGAAAACCGAAGGAGUGUUGGUGUUGUCACCACUCCUGUGCUCAAAAGAAUUGCUUUCAGUGCUGCUGAUCCACCAAAAGAGACGCUCUCUCGCAUCAUCGAGCUUGUUCUAAGAAGCAAAGAGGAGAAGAGUCGAGAGAUGAAAACUAUCGUCCUGAAGCUUCUUCUCAGGGACCAGAAUGGAGCCAAUGUAUAG